AUGGCGCUGCCGUCGUCGACUGCCAAGCGGUCGCUCAACGCGAGCAUCACCGGCGUCAGGAGGGAUCCCGGGGAGCGCUCAGGCAGGAGGCCGGACUCCCCGGCUCGGCGCACACCUUCUUCUCCUGCUGCGAACGGCACCAUCAGCCGCCAAUCCAGCGCCGCGCGUAAGGUGCCCAAGGAGAAUACCAGUCCGGAGCAACCCAAGCGACAAUGUAGCCGCGCACGGCCCACAGAGGAGAUCGGACUUGGAGACGAACACGACGAGGCGCCACUGGCAGGAAAAGGGCACAAGGAGGCGGCGGAGAACCCCUCGGUGGCCAUGGAGUGCUUCAUCUUCCUCUAG